GUCAACAAGUUCGUUACGGGGGUGUGUACAAACACCAAUACAAACGCAAAUCGCUACGGUGAAUUACCUCGCCUGGAUAUUCUUGAAGAAAUAUAAAACUGAAGAAAUAACCAAAUCAGCGACGAGAAUGAGCCGCUUGCUGACCGUUGGACGCGGUGUAGUCUACAGUCUCUGUUCUGGGGUGACAUUGGUACAUUUACUUGUACACUACGUGGUUGGUCGUGAACUGAGUCUAAUGACCCCGGUUUAUAUUUUUCUAUCAGGUGUCGCUGCUAUAUUUACAGUCGUCUUCGGCAUUUUGGCAUUAAGUUUUGCGAAGGAACGGACCUGUCUUUCACAUGACUACAUCUCCGCCUUUUGGCACUAUCUCUUUAUACAAUGCAACAAUGUUAUUGGAAAACGGGUGCGUCAGCAAUUCGAAUCAGAUACGCAAAAGUGUGGACAGGUACAAGAAGAGCUAUUACGAUAUAUCUUGCGUCACAAUGCUGACACUGAGUACGGCAGAAAAUUCGAUUUUCCUCGCUUUCGAACGACGGAAGAUUUCCGUAGAAUGCAUCCACUGACGCGGUACGAGUCGUACAAAAAUUAUAUUGACCGAGCUGCUAUGGGGGUACAGAAUGUUCUCACGACAAAUAAAAUCGUACGCAUACUAUUAACGUCGGGUACUACCGGCUCAGGCUCAAUGUUCCCGGCAUCUACAAAAUAUUUCCGACACUAUAUAAUUCUUGCAAUGACAGCGAUUUCGGAGAUAUAUCGUUUAAUGCCGCAAACGAAAAAUUUACAGAAAAUGCUAUGGAUAAAGUUUGACAGCAAACCACGUGUAUCCGAGGGCGGGCUUCCAAUGGGGCCUGCGUCGGGCCUGCGGCCAGGGUCUGUAUGGGGAUUAGUGUUGAACAAGAUUAUGGACUGUGUCGAAACCUCGCCCUCGUCGAUAUUAAAAGUAACUAAUGAGCCACAAUGCAUGUACCUCCACUGUUUGUUCGGACUUAAGGACCGCACUGUGGGAAUUAUCAACGGUAUGUUCGCACAGUCCGUCUACAGCCUAUUCGCUACAAUCGAGACAAAAUGGCCGCAGCUUGUGAUCGACAUAGAAAACGGGUAUAUCGACCCAAAGCUCGAGAUUCUUCCUCAAGUAAGAGAGGAGAUUAAUAAACAGCUACAACCUGAUCCAGAAAGAGCAAAAGAGCUGAAAACUGAAUUUCAGAAAGGAUUUCGUGGUAUCAGCCGACGGGUGUGGCCGUACUUAAAUUACAUCGGUGGUAUAAAUACAGGAUCAAUGAAACCAUAUGCAAAGAAAAUAAACGAACACUACGCACCAGUGACGAAACUCAACCUGAUACCUUAUUGGCUGAUGAACUACGAGGUUGGAGCAGAGUAUGAAAUUGUUUUGACCAAUGAGCACGGGUUGUAUCGAUAUCGUUUUGGCGAUGUUAUUAAGGUGGCACACUAUCAUAAUAACUGUCCUGCGAUAGAGUUCAUGUACAGACGUGGUCAACUGUUAGACGUACACAGUGAGAAGACGUCUGAGGUUGCUGUGUAUGGGGCGUUGCAAGACACAUUAUCACAAUGGUCAGCUGGGAUUUCAUUGGUGGAUUACACAUGCGCAGAAAGUGUUAUGCUGAAUUUGUCCGCAUCGGGUAUGGAUAUUCAGUGUGAACCAGGAAUUCCAUAUUAUGUGUUAUUCCUGGAACUGGAAAACCAAGAUCAGGGAAGACUGGAGCUUUCUGAAUAUGAACUCAGUAUGUUCGAUCAGAAUUUACGGCGUCGGGCGUUUGCGUACAACUCGUUCCGUUUGAAAGGAAGUAUAGCGCCAGCUAGAGUCUACCUGGUGAAAUCUGGAACAUUUGAUGCGCUACAGAAGUAUCUGGUAGACAACACAACGGCUACGUUCAAUCAGUAUAAAGUGGCACGUGUACUGAAAAGAAAGACGGCAAUCGAUUUCAUGAUGAAUAAUGUAUUGUAG